AAAGGAACAUAACCGCGCCAAUGGAAAAAUCUCUUUAAAUUUUCGAAAAUUUCUCGCUGGUUUUCUUUUAUUUAGAAAAAGCACCCAUCUCAUCAUCUGAACCAAACUAGUUGCAACCUGGUGUAUACCAAUAUUUAAUGUUGUAAAAUUGUGGUCGUAAUCGGCUCGGAAGAUUUUUCUGGCCUUAAUAGUGAUUCUUAUUCAGUAGAGCUCCAUGAACGUAUCAAUACUAAGUGAAAGUGAGGUUGUUAGUUCUUAAGAAACUUUCCAUAUUUAGCCACUAAAAAAAGUUGAAUUUUCACACGGUGAAGAUAAAUGACUAUUCAAAAUGAACACAAUCAAAAAAGUGAUAAUUAGCUGUAAGGGAUUUUGUGCGCGAUUGUGUUCCACAAGAACGCUGGUUAGGUUAUUAAUUACUGUGACGAUUGUUUUAAUAGCUUGGAAUGAACUUUUCGUAUAUGAACUGCAUAAACUAUUUUGGAAAUCCAUCGAGUGUAAUUCAGGAAACUGCACCCGAAUACUACUCGUAGCAGAUCCUCAACUUCUCGGAGAAAAUUUUGAUAAGUCCAUCUACAAAUGGAUUGAGACUGCUGAUUCGGAUCGGUACGUAAGAAUGACAUACAAGCGAGCCUUGAAAUUUGCGAAACCCGAUAUAGUAUGCUUUCUGGGAGAUUUACUAGAUGAAGGAAGUGUUGCAACUAAUGACCAAUUUAAAAAUUAUGUGGAUAGGUUCAAUUCAAUUUUCCACAUCGAUGACAAUAUAAAGUUUGUUCACAUUCCUGGCGACAACGACAUCGGUGGUGAGAAUGGCGAAUAUAUAUCAAAUUCAAACAUUCGUCGCUUCGAAAUCGAAUUCAUGAACAACGAUAUUUUUGAUUAUCAAGAUCGAAUACGUUUUUUUAAGAUAAAUCGCAUGUUGUUGGAUAUUUCGAAUCCACAAGUUGAAACAAACAAGGAUCGCUUACGUAUUGCCGUUUCGCAUAUGCCCAUACUUUGGGCUGGCGGCCCAGUAUUGCGUAAUGUGUUAAAAGACAUCGAUCCGCAUGUUAUAUUUUCCGCCCAUUGGCAUGAUUCUCGAAUUUACAUUUAUCCGUCAUCUAGUCCAGGUUCUAGUCACUUCUAUGAGAGGCGUGUUGAAUAUUUUGCGUUAGAUUCAUUUAAAUCGCGUCAAGAAUAUUUAGAAAUUGCUGUACCAACAUCUUCUUAUCGAAUGGGAAAACUAAGGAUCGGAUAUGGAUUUGCUGUUAUAGAUAAUGGCAACGUUCUGCGCUAUACAGUUCUUUGGACUCUGAGCCGCUUCAUAUUUCUGGCAUUGUACUUAAUUUGGAUUGUUAUUGCGAUCAUCAUAAUAGUCAUUUUGAACGUAAGGCGAAGAUGCAUCUCAAAAAUAUUGAAACGAACUCACUACAACAGAAUCUCAGCACCUGAUUUUUGAUAUUGUAUUUAUUUCCUUUAAUAGCUUUAAGUAUAUAUGCUCUUGCAAACUACUUUUUAUAGAAAAGGUUAAGACCACGUAACUUUUCAAUGGUUUUUAAUGGAAACUAAAAGUAAACAAAAUGUUUGCUAUUACCCGUUGAAGGAGCAGAUCGAAAAACAUUUAGAUAUUCUUUUAAUUUUUUUUUUUUCUUAUUCUAAUUUACAAAUUCACUUUGGAAAAUCGCUAUCAAACACAUUUAAAACAGUAACAACUUUAUCAUUUAAUAUUCAGUAGCUUUGCAUCUUUUUUGCUAAACUUAGAAGUGCUUUAAGUCUUACUCUUUUAAUCAUACUUUAGGCUUUGAUCCAAUCGCGAAAAAUUCUGGUGAUAUAUAUCGCGGUAUAUCUUGCCGGCCAAAUAACUAGGGAACAAGUGCGCUAACUUGAAGCCUUAACAUUAUUUGGCGAAAACCAUCAAUUUCUCUAGACGUAGAUGUGUUCUAUCAGCAAAUCAAUGUUUAUUUUUGCCGUAACGAAAAGAAUUAUUAUAGCUACGCAACUGCUACAGGUACAACUUUGAAAAAUUACGUGGUUUCAAGUUUUCUCGACAAAGUGUAUAUCAUUUAAGAUUAAUUUCAAAAUCAAGUAUUUAAUUAAUGAUAUUACGUCCAUUUGCUUAAAAAACCCUUUAUGUUCUCGUUGAAUUCUGUAUGGAAAGGUAUGACAGUAUUACAACUAGAAUCAAAGUGAAAAGACGCUCAAUGGAAACGUGAUUUCCCACAGCAAUAUGGUAACUAGUAGCAACUACAGAUAUGUUCUGAAUGCGUAUAGAAAAUUUAAGUUCACCAGUAUGUCAAACCUACCCGGAGUUUUGGAAAGUUAUACUCCGUAUUUUACCCAUACAAAGAAAAUUAAACUAUAUGAUAGCCAUACAAAGAUUUCAUAGUGAUAUUGAAAAGAUGACUCCAAUUGUCAGGGUUUUAGAAGACAAUUUACAACAUUUGUUAUUAUAUCGAAAAUCUCAAGGGAUAUUGCAGUAUAUUUAUACUUAUUAUCUAGUAAACCUUGUAUUAAACUUAAGUAGAAUUUGCAAGCAAUAGGAUGAUGGUUUGUGUAAUGAUCGAGUUUUGUAUUUAUCGUAUUCUGUGUCGGUUUUUUACUAAUCAUGGAAUGUAUAUUAUAUAAUAUUUGAGAGUAAUAUAAUAUAUUUAAAAACAAUCAGUAUUAAUGACAGUAA